CCCGAGAACUACUUCCGGGGGUCAUUGCCGUGCAUCGUUUUUUCCCUGAGCUGUUCUAUUUUCAGUUUCAACUUUUAUACAUAUUUACCAACACAAUGUCCCGAGGGUCGAGUGCAGGAUUUGACCGACAUAUUACCAUCUUCUCUCCAGAGGGCAGACUCUACCAAGUCGAAUAUGCAUUCAAGGCUAUCAAUCAAGGUGGCCUUACCUCAUUAGCUAUCCGAGGACAAGACUGUGCAGUUGUCGUCACACAGAAGAAAGUUCCAGACAAGCUUCUUGAUGCCUCCACAGUCACACACCUAUUCAAAAUCACAGAAAARAUUGGCUGUGUCAUGUCCGGAAUGACAGCUGACAGCAAGUCUCAAGUCCAGAGAGCUCGCUACGAAGCAGCCAACUGGAAGUACAAGUACGGCUAUGAGAUCCCAGUGGACAUGCUGUGUAAGAGGAUGGCUGACAUCUCUCAGGUGUACACACAGAACGCUGAGAUGAGACCUCUGGGUUGCUGCAUGAUAGUGAUUGGCGUGGACGAGGAGUGUGGUCCCCAGGUGUAUAAGUGUGACCCUGCAGGAUACUACUGUGGCUUCAAGGCCACCGCUGCUGGGGUCAAACAGACAGAGGCCACCACCUUCCUGGAGAAAAAGGUCAAGAAGAAACUGGACUGGACCUUUGCGCAAACAAUCGAGACUGCGAUAACUUGUUUGUCUACGGUACUGUCCAUUGACUUCAAGCCCUCCGAGCUAGAGAUCGGUGUCAUUACAACGGAAGACCCUAAAUUCAGGAUCCUGACAGAGACCGAGAUCGAUGUCCACCUUGUGUCCCUGUCAGAGCGAGAUUGAGUGUUUCCAUGUGUUCCAGUCUAGAGGGGAGACUACCCUAGAAAUAUGACAGAGAACACUACCGCUGAUCUUCAGAACAAAAGCGCUGACUUCUUUUUUGCUGUACAUUUACGCUGUUCAAUUAAAGAGAAUGUUUUCGAGAAACUCAAA